CCGCGCUGAUGUUGGUUUAGGUGAAAUUCACGUUAACUGACUCAAAGAAAAUGAGUCUUUAUUUUUGCGCCGUUACAAAUAAGAAGAACAUCCUGUGCAAACAAGCUAUCGCAAACAGGGACUGCUCCAAUAUUGUUGAGGCCUUUCUGCACAGAAAUACUCCUGAAGGGCACCUCUUCUAUGCUGAAAAUGGGUAUGUUGAAAUGUGGCAUAAUAUAAUUCGCCUAUUAGACUUGGCGUUCAUACAUUAACAGUAUCGGAAAUUUCGUUCGUCGCCGUGACAGACAUAAAUACUCCCCGACAUCAGCCUCAUCAGUUUAUUGUCGAUCUUGCUAGAACCUUCGCCAGCAAAUCCAAAUUAGUCGAAAAAGCGAAAGAUGGACAGGAAGGUUCGCUACAGCAUUCUUUCGGCAAUGUCCUGAAGGAUAAGAUGGCCCAUUUUGACCAGUUCAAGUCAAACAUACCCAUGACUACGCUACAGGCUAAUGUCGAAGGUGUGACGAACGUUUUGCGUGACAAUCUCGAGCAGAUCAUGAAACGCGGUCAGCUGGCUGGUGAACUAGCAGAAAAAACGGAGGAACUUGAGGGCAGUGCUCAAAUGUUCAAGCAAAUCAGCAAGAAGGUCGAAAGCCAUGAGCGAUCCAAACAUCGAAGACUGAAGUUCAUUAUGAUUGGUGUUGGACUCGCUAUCCUGCUUGUCAUAAUUCUCAUCAUUUUAUGGCAAACCGGCGUAUUCAAAAGCCAUUAGUCCAUUCUAAACCUCACUAUUCACUCCGUUGCCUCGGCGAUUGUCAAUUGGCAUCUAUUGUGCAAGGUGUGGAUAACACAUUCCAAAUUACUUCACCACAGGCUGGACACUGAGAUACUAGGAGCCUGUUUGCUCAUCAACCGGUUUCAUCUACACUAUUUUACUCUUGUAUGUUCUCAGUCGCCCAGAAUCAGUCGUGUUUCAUCAGGUUAGUGUCCCGACCAUGGUCCUAACCUUCCCCGGACUCUUUCAUUUCCGAAUUGUCUUGUCUGAGCUAAGACAACAACAUAGAGUUUACUUGAUAUUUUCAUCAGAUGCUUUGUUCCUCUGCACCAGUUUGAAAGUUGACUUGUUUGGAUCGCAGACGCAAAAUUGCCCCACCCCUUCCCAUUCAGUCUAACGUGAAAGUUGAUUGGAACCGCAGACGAAAAUUGCCCCACCCCUUCCCAUUCAGUCUAACGAAACUACAACGUGCCGUUUUGUAUCUUGCUAUGUUAUCCGUAUGCUUGUCGAGUUAACCUUGUCCAUAUAAGUUCUCGGCAAUUUUAUAUUCGAAGCGUUUUGUCAUUUGUUUUCCAUCAAUGUUCUGUGUUUCCUUCAGCGCACAAUACCGCAUGCUUUCCGAACAAUAUUAGCUAUUGAAGAAGAAUGUGUGUGCUAUCCUCCGUUAGAAUCAAUAUCGAAGCAAUUUCAACUGUUGAACAAACCAUCAUAUAAACUUUGCUUUCACGUGGAUGCCAUUUCGUCGCAUACUUUCCUGUCAU